AUGGGCGUCUUCCCCAACCGCAAAUACCGCCCCACCUCGGGCGCGGCGGCCGACACGCUCGGGGCGCGGUACCGGGCGCAGAUGGCGCGGCGGCCGUUCCUGCUGUUCGGCCUGCCCUUCCUGAGCGUGAUCGUGGGCGCGUCCUUCGUGCUGACGCCGGCGACGGCGAUCCGGUACGAGCGGCACGACCGCCGCGUGCGCACGCUCACGCGGGAUGAGGAACUCGGGGUGGGGAGGGGCGGGAGGAAGGUGGAUAUUAGGGAGGAGUAUUACCGAUUGUCUGCCAAGGAUAACGACAACUGGGAGCAGAAGCGGGUGAAGCGGCUGAAGGGGGAGAGCGACGGUAUCCUGUGA